UUUAUUUAUUUAUUGAUGAAAUCAGGAAUCAGGAAAUAUGAGGUUAUGGAAUUAUUAUGUCUAUGCUACAUGAAAUUUUAAUUUUAUAUUUAACUUGCAACUUAACCGUAAUCAAGGAAAUAGACUAACUAAUACCUAACCUAAAACUUAAGACAUACAAAUAUUUGUAUAAUAAAAUGGCCGCAGUUUUAAAAAAACGAGCCCUAGCUGAAUAUAGUCAGACUAUUCAGGAGGCCCAUACUCAAGUGCCAUUGAAAAAGCUACGUUUAGUGAAAAAGCCAACCCUCAGUCCAGGAAGUUCUGCUUUGACUCUAUUAAAUCUUUUGGAGGAUUCUGUGAAUAGUAGUGAAGCUCUCCAAAUUUUACUUCGUAUUUCAGACAAUUUUGAUGUAGAGGCAGGAGACAUAGCAGAUUUUGUUAAGAAGUUGAGUGAACAUUUUAGAAAUGAAUCUGAAUCUGCCGUAAGAGUAAAGAUUUUAUCUUUAUUGUCUGAUUUGGGGCAUGAACCUAAUGCUGAUGUUGCGCUAAUUAUUGACGAAACAAUUUCCCUUCUAAAAAGUGACAAGUCACAUAAAGUUAUUGCACAAGGAAUGAACACUAUUCUUAAACUCGGUAAAUUGAUUCCAGACAAUGUAUCGCCAUUUCACCAAAAGUUAGUUGAAGUAGGGAAAUUAUAUUUGAAAGACGUCAGCCAUGCUGUAAAAUGCAAGUGUUUGGAAAUUAUUGGUGGUCACUUCCCACUUUGUACUGAAGAUGACACUGAAAAAUUGUUGCAUUUAGUAAGCUCUUAUUUUAACAAUGAUGAUGCCAGAGUAAGAAGCCAGGCAUUUUCGACUGUUAUAACUUUACAUGAAAGAGGGUUUAAAAUCAAUCCAAAAAUUUAUAUUGAUGUUUGUGAGGCAUUAAAAGAUGAUUAUGAGAUUGUUAGACAUGUCGUUCUUAAGUUAAUUUGGCUAUUAGGAAAUACUUAUCCAGAAAAUGAAAUAUUGUUACCUGGAAGUGAACAUGAGAUUCGGUUGAUAGAUGACGCUUUUGGAAAAAUAUGCAAUGGUGUAACAGAUCUUUCAAUGCAAGUCAGAACACUUGCUUCAAAAUUACUAGGCGGUAUGAAGUUAGUCAGUCCAAAAUUCCUUAAUCAGACUUUAGACAAGAAGUUAAUGUCCAAUAUGAGAAGAAAAAGGACGGCUCAUGAGCUUGCCUGGGAAAAUGUUACUAGUGGGGAGUGGGCUAGUGGUAAAAAGUGGGCUGAUGAUGCACCAAGGGAGCUUUUAGAUGCAGAGAGUAUAAGUUUAAUGAGCAGUGGAGCUUGUGGCGCUUUUGUACAUGGGCUGGAAGAUGAAUUUUUAGAAGUUAGAUCCGCCGCCGUAGAAUCCUUGUGCCAGUUGUCAAUAAGUAAUCCACAGUUCGCAAAUAUGGCGCUGGACUUUUUAGUAGACAUGUUCAAUGAUGAAAUUGAGGAUGUCAGGUUAAAGGCAAUUGAUAGUUUGAGGAUGAUAUCAGAACACAUAAUUUUAAGAGACGAUCAGCUAGAAACGAUAUUAGGGGCCUUGGAGGACUUCUCCCAAGAUGUAAGAGAAGGACUGCACGGAAUGUUAGCUUCGUGCAAAAUGUCCACCACUGCCGGACUAAAAAUGUGUGUGGAGAAGUUACUGGAUAAUUUAAAGAGAUAUCCUCAAGAUAAAAGAUCCACCUUUAAAUGCCUACAAAAAAUUGGAUCGCAACAUCCGGAGCUGGUGUUGCCUUUGGUCCCGCAAUUUUUGAAUAUACAUCCAUUUUUUGACACUGCUGAGCCUGAUGUAGAAAAUCCUCAAUAUAUCUGUCUAUUGAUCUUAAUUCUAAACGCUGCACAACACUCCUUAACUAUACUGCCACUUCUGGAGCCUCACACUCUCAGGCAUUAUCUUUAUUUGCGAGAUACCAUGACGCAGUACGUUCCAAUUCUCAACCUGCCGGAUUCCAAUUGCAAUGUUGUCUCGAGGCCCAUGUCAGUUCCAGAAAGUUUAGAAUUUUUGAACAGUGUGAUACGAAACCUUGAUAUGGCUGAAAAUACAAUAAGAGUACAUACAACUUUACUCCAAACAGCAAAAGAACAUCUUAAUCGCCUGAGCGAAAUGGACUCUACGGUUGCUGGAACCGCACAAUUCACUUCGUUGUAUAUAGGAGCUCAGCUUCACAUAUCUCAAAUAUUAGAAAAAGGUUUCUGGGCGAAUCCGGGAACUCUAGCAACACAACAGGCCAAUAAUUUAAAAACCAGUAUUCAAAACCUGUUACAGCAUUGCCUGAAGUUACAGUUUUUCUUUGUGGGGCUCAGUCCUGUGGAACAGUGUGCGGUUAAACAAUUUAGACUCCGAGCUUUGGCCCUGAAUUUGGUGUACAUAGUAAAAGACUGCUCCUGA